AACAAAUACUAUGGCGACGCCUUGUCGAAGAGCAUCCUAUUCUUCGAGGGGCAGAGGUCCGGCAAACUCCCCCCCAACCAACGUAUGACUUGGAGAAAAGAUUCCGGUCUUGGCGACGGCUCUACUUCAAACGUACGUACUCCUUUCGUCUCAAAAUUAAUUGCUUUUUCGAACUCGAUUUAUUCAAACAAUGGUGCAAAUUAAAUCUCAGGUGGAUUUAGUAGGCGGGUACUACGACGCGGGCGACAACGUGAAGUACACUUUUCCGAUGGCGUUUACGACCACGAUGCUGGCCUGGAGCGUGGUGGAGUACGGCGGAGACAUGGGCGGGGACGAGCUGCCCCACGCACGAGACGCGGUACGUUGGGGGACAGACUUCCUGAUGAAGGCUACGAACAAAGAGAACAUGGUUUUCGCUUUGGUGGGUGAGCCGGUGGCGGACCAUAAUUGCUGGGAGAGGCCGGAGGACAUGGACACGCCUCGGACCGCUUUCGCCGUCACCGACAAGUCUCCUGGCUCCGAGGUUUCCGGCGAGAUCGCCGCCGCCCUGGCAGCUUCCUCCUUGGCUUUCAAAGAUUCUGACCCUAAGUAUUCCCAAUGGAUCUUGCAAAGGGCUGCCCAAGUCUUUGAAUUUGGUGAUAAAUUUAGAGGUUCGUACAAUAAUAGCAUUGGGCAAUGGGUUUGUCCAUUCUAUUGCGACUUUGGUGGUUAUCAGGAUGAAUUGGUUUGGGCAGCAAUAUGGCUACACAAAGCAACAAAUGAGGAACGUUACUGGGAUUAUGUGAGGCAGAACAUCAAUACUUUCGGGAUGGCUACAAAUUUAUUCGGAUGGGAGAGCAAGGACGCCGGCAUUAACGUGCUCGCCUCUCAGCGCGCGACAUCGUUGUCGUUUCUUUUCCUGACAUACGGGAAAUACUUGGAAGCAAGCAAAAGGACAGUCAGAUGUGGCAACGUAGUGGCCACUCCGGCAAGACUUGUGGAGUUUGCCAAGUCGCAAGUUGAUUACAUACUGGGGAACAAUCCGAUGAAGAUGUCGUACAUGGUCGGGUUCACGGAGGCGUUCCCCGAGAGAAUACACCACCGCGGGUCUUCGUUGCCUUCGGUUGAUCUUCGACCAAAACCCAUUGGAUGCAAAGAUGGGAGUCCAUACUUUCAAAGCAAAAACCCGAACCUGAACUUGUUGGUUGGGGCUGUGGUGGGAGGGCCAGAUGGGAAUGACAAGUUUGCCGAUGAUCGGACUGAUUCUGCCCACUCGGAGCCUACUACUUAUGUAAAUGCACCUCUUGUUGGCAUCUUGGCUUACCUCAAAGCUAAUUAUUCUUGAGUCAUUUUAUUUUGUAGAUUAAGUUUGGUUAAUUAGACACCAAUAUGAUGGAGUAGUAUUUGUUGUUAUCCAAUGGAUAUAAUAAGAUCGAGGAUGAAUAAACGAAUACACAUACACAAUAUUUGUAUUUGCAUUUUAUAUAGUAAGAAUACAAACUGCAUUUUCGGUCUUCAACUUUAUUUAUUGAUAUAUGUAUGAAGUACUCCUAAUGUUUUUUCUCUAAAGCCAACAGUCUUGAAAACAAAUACCCAUUCUUUAUUUUUUUACCUCAAAAUGUUCCAUACAAAAAAUUUUUACUGUUAAA